AUGUCAUUUGAAGAAGAGCAACGUAUUAUUCUUAUUACUGGUGCUAAUAGAGGCAUUGGCGUUGCAUUAGUAAAAAAACUACUGAAAGAAUUCCCAUCAGACAGCACUCUUAUUCUACUUGGUUGUCGAGAUUUAAAAAAAGGUGAAGAUGCAUUCAUACAGUUAAAUUCUCCAUCUAAUGUUAAACUUCUUCAAUUGGAUACAUCUUCAAGAGAAUCGAUUAUUCGUGCUAUUGAUCAAAUAAAACAACUCUAUGAUGGUAAAUUAGAUGUUAUUGUUAAUAAUGCUGGUAUAUUUACAACAGAAAUGACAGUGAAUGUAGCUCGAGAAUUAUUUAAUACAAAUUAUUAUGGAAUAAAAAUAUUUAAUGAAUAUUUAAUUUCUCUUAUGAGAGAAAAUGGUCGAAUAAUAAAUGUAUCUAGUCGAGUUGGUUCUAUUGUUUUACAAGAAAUGUCGAAAUCACUGCAAGAUAAAUAUACAUCAUCAACAUUGACGAAAAGUCAACUUGAUAAAUUAGUUGAAGAUUUUAUAUCAUCGAUUGAGAAAAAUAAUCUCGAAUCUCUUGGAUAUAAUCCUAAAUCAGACUUUCUAAUCUAUGGUAUUACAAAGGCAGCGUUAAAUGCUCUGACACAAAUUGAAGCACGUGAAUCAUCGAGUAGAAAAAAUUUACUCUUCGUCAGUGUAACUCCAGGAUUAUGCGCCACAGAUAUGACUCGAGAUAUGCCAAAUACACGUCCACCUGAGCUGGGUGCUGAUUCAAUUUUCUAUGUAAUUAAUACUACUCGUGAUCAACUCAAAAAUGGUGCUUUUUAUCGAGAUGGUCAACAAUUGCCACUAAUCAACGGAUCAAUUAUUAUUAAUUAA